AUGUCUCAGACAGCGGCGUCGAGCGAGAAUGAGACGCUAAAGAAUGAAGGAGAGGAGUUCAAUUGUGGUCACUGCAAUCUCUCGUUGGUAGGGCAGCGGUACAUUCUACAGGAGGAGCGGCCUUACUGUCUGGCCUGUUAUGAUACUAGCUUCAGCAAUGUAUGCGAAGUCUGCAAAGAGAAGAUUAGCUGCGAUGCAAAGGAAGACUUAGAAGAACGCACCUAG